CUCUGGCUGGCUGGUGGUGGCCACUCUACCAGAUGAAUACCAUCGUGGCCAGCCUGGGAACAGCCCAGGGACUAGGGGUGUUGGCUGUGGCCUCUCCCUGAGCUUGGCUAGACCAGACUGGGCCACACCCAGGGUCUGAUACCCACCAAGGCCCACAGAGGCCGGAGAGGGUGAGGGGGCCUCUCAGGAAAGCUUUGUCCCCAGCCUGCAGCCAGCCCAGCUCCCAGCUCUGAGUAAACAUCAGAGAUAGGAUCGGGCGUAGCCAGGAAGGGUGGUAGGGUGCGGCCUGGGAGAAGAAUGGCAGGAUGUGGCACGGGCACCGGUGGGGCAUCCACGCCUCAGGCCAUUGUGUAGGGCUGCCCGAGGCUCUGACUCUCUUGGGCUUUGAGAGGAAGUGCCAUUCCCCUGGGACGCAGGCCCAGCCCCAGCCCUGCCGCGAGGGUCUCUCCCUGGAGAUGCCCCUUGUCUCCACCCGCUCAGGGCCAGCUUGGGAGUGGGAGCCUGCAGUCGAGGGGUUUGCUGGGUGCCCAGUGGGGAAGUGUGGUCAUUGGCCCUCCUCGAGGGUCUGCUGUCUGUUUAGGCUGUCUUCCUGUACCCCUGAGUCUGAGUCACUGUCAUGCUCCGAUGACUGGAGUUGAUCUCUGUCUUUAUCUGCAUCUCGACAUUUUGGCUGGGGGGGGCUGUCUUGUGGAGGGGAAGGGCUGCGAGUGAACACUCCUUUGAUGCCAGUCCAGCUGGGCUGGUCGUUGGCCGACUGGAAGAGGAAGUGGCUGGUGAUUUGUUUUGGGUAGAAAGGGGCUCGGUGUGUGUGCGCCUGUGGUGGGUGGGGGUCUGAGGGGCUGGGAGAGGGUUGGUUUGGGGCUGAGGAAAGGGAAAGAAAGGAUCACGCCUGCAGUCUACCUUGUUGCCUAGAAGCCAUGCUCUGAGCCACUGGGCCUCUGGAGGGCAGGUGCCUCUCCAUGCCUCAUCCUGGGCGCUGGAUUCAGGGGCCCUGGGGCCUCACAGGCUCCGAGACUCCAGGCUCCACAGCAUCAGGGUGAGGCUGGCCGGAGCCCUCACUCCCAGGGGCCUUCGUCUCUUAGGAUGCUCAGAAUGUCCAUGAGGAGCCCCGGCUCUGCGCAGCUGGCCCUGGAUGGCGUUGGCACCAUGGUGAAUUGUACUGUCAAGUCAGAGGGGAAGAAGGAGCCCUGCCAGGAGGCCCCCCAGGGCUUGGCCACUGCAGCUGAACCCCACCCUGGAGACCCAGCCCGGGCCCCCCAGGAUGGUGCUGACCCCCAAGCUCCAGCCCAGGACUGCAGCUCCCCGGAGAGCAAUGGGUCCCCAGAACCCAAGAGGCCAGGAGGCUCUGAGGCUGCUUCUGGAAGCCAGGAGAAGCUGGACUUCAACCGAAAUUUAAAAGAAGUUGUACCAGCCAUCGAGAAGCUGCUCUCCAGUGACUGGAAGGAGAAGUUUCUGGGAAGGAGCUCUGUGGAAACCAAAGAUGUCAAAGGGACCCAGGAGAGCCUGGCAGAGAAGGAGCUGCAGCUUCUGGUCAUGAUCCACCAACUGUCCACCCUGCGGGACCAGCUCCUGACGGCCCACUCAGAGCAGAAGAACAUGGCCGCCAUGCUUUUCGAGAAGCAGCAGCAGCAGAUGGAGCUGGCCCGGCAGCAGCAGGAGCAGAUCGCUAAGCAGCAGCAACAGCUAAUUCAGCAGCAGCAUAAGAUCAACCUCCUGCAGCAGCAGAUCCAGCAGAUCAACAUGCCUUAUGUCAUGAUCCCGGCCUUCCCCCCGAGCCACCAACCUCUGCCUGUCAGCCCUGACUCGCAGCUGGCUUUGCCCCUUCAGCCCAUCCCCUGCAAACCAGAAGGCUGCUCCAGUCACCCCAGAUGGAACAGAGUUCUCUGGCAUGCGACCCACACAGCCCAUAUCACCACAGCCAUGGGGACUUUUCUCCUUGCCGCCUUUCCCACAGUGGAGUAUCCGCUGCAGCUGCUGCACAGCCCCCCCGCCCAGGUGGUGAAGAGGCCUGGGACCAUGGCCGCCCACCACCCACUGCAGGAGCCCUCCCAGCCCCUGAACCUCACAGCCAAGCCCAAGGCCCCCGAGCUGCCCAACACCUCCAGCUCCCCGAGCCUGAAAAUGAGCAACUGUGGACCCCCCAGCCAUGGGGCCCCCACACGGGACCUGCAGUCCAGCCCCCCAAGUCUGCCUCUGGGCUUUCUUGGUGAAGGGGAUGCUGUCACCAAAGCCAUCCAGGAUGCUCGACAGCUGCUGCACAGCCACAGCGGGGCCUUAGAGAGCUCUCCUAGCACCCCUUUCCGCAAGGACCUCAUCAGCCUGGACACGUCCCCAGCCAAGGAACGGCUUGAGGAGAGCUGUGUGCAUCCUCUGGAGGAAGCCAUGCUGGGCUGCGAUGUGGACGGCUCCCGCCACUUCCCAGAGUCCCGGAACAGCAGCCACAUCAAGAGGCCCAUGAACGCCUUUAUGGUGUGGGCCAAGGACGAGCGGAGGAAGAUCCUGCAGGCCUUCCCGGACAUGCACAACUCCAGCAUCAGCAAGAUCCUCGGCUCCCGCUGGAAGUCCAUGACCAACCAGGAGAAGCAGCCCUACUACGAGGAGCAGGCACGGCUGAGCCGGCAGCACCUGGAGAAGUACCCCGACUACAAGUACAAGCCGCGGCCCAAGCGCACCUGCAUCGUGGAGGGCAAGAGGCUGCGGGUGGGCGAGUACAAGGCCUUGAUGCGGACCCGGCGCCAGGAUGCCCGCCAGAGCUACGCGCCCCUCCCGCAGUCUGGCCAGGUGCACGGGAGCUCCUCAGAUGCCGUGUACCCUCGGGUAGCAGGCAUGCCGCUGGCACAGCCCCUGGUGGAGCACUAUAUGCCCCGGAGCCUGGACCCAAACAUGCCUGUCAUUGUCAACACCUGCAGCCUCAGGGAGGAGGGUGAGGGCACGGAGGACAGGCACUCCGCAGCCGAUGGUGAGAUGUUCCGGUACAGCGAGGAGGAGGACUCGGAGGGCGAGGAGAAGAGCGACGGCGAGUUGGUGGUGCUCACAGACUGAUCCCGGUGGGGGCCUGGUCCUCCUCCCUGGGGAAGACCAGCCCCAAGCUGAUGGGCAGAGCUGGCCCACCUGGACUUUGUUGGUACUUGGACUUGGGCCCGCCUGGGAGAUGGGCACAGCUGUGCACCUGCAGAUACUUUCCUAAGAGGCCCUGCCCAGCACACCUGUGGGCACACCUGAGGCGCUGCUGGCUGAGGUGGGCAGGGCCUCAUGGUGGUGAUGGGCUGAGCUCCUUGGUCCUUGGGGCUCAUGGCCAGGGGACACUGUAUGACCCUCCCCUCCUGCAGGUCUACGCACCCCGGGGUAUGGCAGCUACAGACCUGUCCCCCUGGGGCCACAUGCUUUGUUCCAUUCUUGUCCUGGAUGGACCAGCCACCGUGGGACCAGCACCCCGACACAUAGCACCCCCAGAUCCCUCCCCAAGCACCAGGCUCACUUUGUACUUUGUGCAAAAAGCUCUGGCUGUCCCUCACUGGCUUUAUCUUCACCAAGCCUGUUGUGCCUCUGGCUGCUGUGAGCGUGUGUGUGUACACACGUGUAUGUUUUCCUGUGUUCAUUUCUUGCACGAGAUAUUUAUUGAGUGCCCGCUGCGUGCAGGCACUGUUGCUGAGUUCCUGUGGGGGUGUCUCUUGAUGCCACUCUUGCUUCUCUGGGGGCCUCUUUUCUGUGCUUCUCUUUGUACCCAAAUUACUACCUCUUUGUCAGUCUGGGUGUCUCAGGUUCUGUGCGUCCUUGAGUGCAUUUCUGUCUGGCCUUGUCUCCCUGCAGGGCCCUGUUUCUGUCCCUCUCCCUUCCUUGGUGUCUGCCCUGCCCCCGUGACGCCUGCUGGUCACUCUGGAUCUCCGUAGGCCCCUGCUCUGCCCCUGGGCCCACAGCGCCCUGACCGCCCCGCCCCCGACUCCCUCCUGACCCUGCCAGUUGGUUCCCAUGGAGCCAUUUUUAGUUCCAAGCAGCAUGGGAAUGUGCUCGCCUCCAAGGGGCUCUGUCCUGGUGCCCCAGCCCCUGGUCCCAACCAAGUGUCAGAGUGGGGUCAGGAAGACUGAUGGUUAGUGACAGAGCCUGGAGAGGAGGGUUCCCAUGGCAGCUGGUCUCCAUUCCUCCCUCGUGAGCGGGGGGAGGGCUCCCCGUUCUUGGAGGGGUCGGUGAGGGGACAGAGGCUCCACGCUGCUCCUGAUGCUCUUCCCCCCUCCCCCCCCCAAUCUGCACUCUGGAGUUGUCUCAGCGCCUGAGCACCUUCACCCGUUAUUUCCCUAAGAAAAUCAAGCCCCACUGGCCCCUGACUCCACAGAUCCACAACAGCCCUCAGGUCAGGGUGAGAAGGAACCCCAAAUCCCACAGGGGCAGAUGUGGCGUCUGUGUCCACCCCCUCCCCUCCCCCCCCAGCCCAACUUCUCUUCUGGCUGUUUCUUUUUUUAUGACUGUAAACAUAGAUAGUGCUUUAUUUUGUUAAUAAUAAGAUAAUGAUGAGUAACUUAACCAACACAUUUCUCCUGUUUACACCUGGGGAGUUUUUUGUUUCCUGCUGGCGUAAUA